AUGGAGGACGGAUACAGCAACGGCGCAAAGCGCUCCGCUUCCCCCGCCGCCGACGACGAGCACGCCUACGACCAGCAGACCCGUCUCGAUCGUUCCUCGUCGUCCUCUCCUCAGUCAAGAAAGGACAAGCGUCGCGCAGAGCAGGAUGACGAAGACGACGAGGACGACGAGGAAGAUGACGAGGAUGACGAGGAAGACGACGACGAUGACGACGACGACGACGACGAGGAUGAGGACGAAGACGGCGAGGACGUAAGGGGAAAGAGGAGGCGCGCCAAGAAGCAGAAGCGAAACCGCUUCCUCGAUGUCGAGGCAGAAGUCGAUGACGACGAAGAGGACCUGGACGAGGAGGAGGAGGAGCUGGCGCGAGAAGACGGCUUCAUCGAGGAGGACAUCGCCGACGACACCGAGGACGUCCGGCGGCGCGCCGCUGCCGACAACCAGAGGCUCGAUCGCUUCCGGCGCGAGGAGGAGGACACCAACGCAGAGGCGCUCGCCGAGGAGCUGCGGCAGAGGUACGGCCGCUCGGCGCGCUAUGCCGCCCAGUCCGACUACGCCGAGGUGCCGCAGCGCCUGCUGAUGCCCUCGGUCGAGGACCCUAACCUCUGGGGCGUGCCCUGCAAGCCGGGAAGGGAGCGCGACAUUGUCAUGACGCUCGUCCGCAAGGCCAUGGCCGAGAGCGUCACCAGCAAGCCGAUGCGCAUCAUCUCGGCCUUUUGCCGUGACACGAUCCCCGGCAAGAUCUACGUCGAGGCGAGGCGCGCCGACGACAUCAUCACGGCCUGCAGCGGCCUCGCCGGCGUAUACGCCCGGCAGACGACGGCGCUCUACCUGAUCCCAAUCUCGGAGAUGGCUGAUCUGCUCAAGCUGCAGAAGGUCACGCAAGAGAUCCAGGUCGGCGGCUGGGUCCGCAUCAAGCGCGGCAAGUACGCUGGCGACCUGGCCCAGGUCCUCGACGUGUCCGAGAACGGCGAAGAGGUCGGUCUCAAAUUCAUCCCGCGUAUCGACCUGAAUCCCAAGGACAGCGGCGUCUUCACCGACAGCGCCGGCCGCAAGCGCAAGAAGGGGGCCGGCGCCGGCUCUACGGCCAUCAACUUCCGUCCGCCGCAGAAGUUCUUCAACCCAGAAGAGGUCCAGAAGGCCUACCCCAAGGAGACGCCCAGCAAGCGCGGCAGCUUCUGGGUCUUUCAGAACGACAGCUUCCGCGACGGCUACCUCGAAAAGGACAUGCGUGUGACGGGCAUCAUCACCGAGAACGUUAACCCGACGCUCGAGGAGAUCACGCGCUUCGCCGGCGAGUCGGCCGAGGACGGCGCCUACAAGGCGGGCGGCGUCGACCUCAGCCUCAUCGCCGACGCCGCCAAAAAGGCGUCCGAGGUGCUGCUGCAGCCGGGCGACCACGUCGAGGUAUUUGAAGGCGAGCAGGCGGGCGUGUUCGGCGUGGUCGAAGCCGUCAGCAGCGAGGUCGUCACGAUCAAGAUGGAGCACGAGGACCUCAUCGGGCAGAAGGUCGAGGUGCCGGCGCGCAGCGUGCGCAAGAAGUUCAGCCCGGGUGAUCACAUCAAGGUCAUGACGGGCAAGCACGCCGACGAGACCGGCCUGGUCGUCAAGGUCGAGGACAACAUCACCACGUUCCUCUCCGACCUGUCGCUCCAGGAAGUCUCGGUGUUUUCCAAGGACAUCCGCGAGGCCGCCGAGGUCGGCUCCGGAGUCAACGUCAUCGGUGGCUACGAGCUGCACGACCUGGUUCAGCUUGACGCCCAGACGGUCGGCGUCAUCUUCAAGAUCGAGCGCGAGAGCUUCAAGGUGCUCGACCAGACCGGCCAGGUGGUCAGCGUCAAGCCACACCAGAUCAGCUCCAAGAAGGACACGACGCGCGCCUUUGCGCUCGACCACGACGGCAACGAGAUCCGCGCAGGAGACAUGGUCAAGGAAGUGGCCGGCCCCUUUUCCCAGAUGCGAACGGGCCAGGUGCUCCACGUCUACCAGUCGAUGAUCGCCUUUAUGCACAACCGCGACUACAGCGAGAAUGGCGGAAUCUUUAUCGCGCGAGCCCGGACGCUCGAGCCGCUGGCGCCCAAGAGCGUCUCGGCCAAGGCCAAGGACUCGCGGGACCUGUCGAAGCUCAACCCGGCGCUGGCCAGCAUGACGGGCCCGUCGGCGGGCGCCAACGCGGUCCGCGUCGAGGGCGUGCGGCGCCAGAUCGGCCGCGACGUCUACCAGGGCAAGCACGUCGCCGUCAUCAAGGGGCCGUACAAGACCUUCCGCGGCAUCAUCAAAGAGACCAACGGCAACAUGGCGAGGAUCGAGCUGCAGUCGGUGCCCAAGCCCGUCACCAUCAGCCUCGACUUCCUCGUAGAGAAGGACCCGAUCACGGGCCGGAGCAGCCGCCUCGGUGGGUCCGGGCCAGGAGGCGGGGCCGGCAGCGGAGGCUUCUCGCAGAUUCCCAACCGCGGCGGCUACAACGCGAUGGGGUCCGGCAUGGGCAACAUGUCGCACAACCCUUACUCGUCGGGACCAUCGAUGGUCGGCCCAUCUGCGGCAGGAGGCUACAACCCGUACGGCGGAAGCCAGCCCGUGGCUGCCGGGUACGGUGCAUCGCCCAGUAGCAUGGGCGGUGGUGGCGGCGGUGGAAGCUGGGGCGGCAGCUACCCGUCUUCGCAGCCAGUCGCUGCGGGCGGUGGCGGCGGCGGCUGGGACAUGCCGGCCAUGGGCGGUUCCAAGACGCCCGCGUACAACCCCUACGCUGGCGACGGUGGCAAGACGCCGGCGUACAACCCUCUCGCCGACGGCGGCAAGACGCCCGCCUACAACCCGGCAAUGGAUGGCGGACGCACGCCGGCCUACAACCCGAUGGCCGACGGAGGGCGGACGCCGGCGUACAACCCGUACGCUGAUGGCGGGCGGACACCAGGCUACCUGCCCUAG